AUGCCGCCGUUCAGUGGGAAGCAGAAGAAGAAGCAGCUGCAGGAGAAGCGGCAGCGGAAGAAGGAGCAGGAGGGCUCGCGCCGCGAGCAUUCCAUGGGUGACACCCACGAUCACAGCGGGGAGGGCAGCGGACGUGGCAAUGACGACGACAACAAGGAUCAUCAUACAAAGGAAGAGUACAAAUACGACGCUGACCGCCGCGGGGUCCGGAGCGUAUUCCUCAAGGAGACCGCGGAGGAAAUCGCGGCACGAAAGAAGCUCUCGUACGAGCCGCUGGCGUCGCGUCGCUUUAUGGACGAUGGCGGCAUUCCGUUCGGCUCCUGGUUCGACAUGCCGGGGCAUACCGAUGCGGCGCAGAUGCCGUGCGCUGUCGAGAUUCCGACGCGUGGCUGGACGCCCAACGACGAGGCAACCGCGGCGGCUGAAGAAACCAGUAACACUAACAGCCGUAGCAAUAAUAAGGACAACAACGACAGUGGGAGUGGUGGCAGCAGCAGCCGUGAUGGCGAGGAGGCGCUCCCCGAGGACGCCGCCAUUGAGGCCCGCGAGGCGGCACGGUUCGAGGCGUACCUGCGGGCGGUCGACAACUACCCGCUGCCACCGUCGCUGCGCGACCUGCGGGUCAGCUCAUACGAGCGCAACCUCGACGUAUGGCGGCAGCUCUGGCGCACAGUGGAGCAAAGCGAUGUGGUGGUGAUUGUGGCAGACAUGCGCUACCCCAUUGUGCACUUGCCGCUUUCGCUGCUGCAAUACGUGGUGCGGGAGUGCCGCAAGCCGUGCGUCGUGGUUCUGAACAAAGCCGACCUCGUGCCACGCCACAUCCUCGACCGGUGGAUGGCGUUCCUGCCGCAGUACUUCGCCGCGACAGGCAUCGUGGCGGCAAGUGACGCGGAAGCUGCUGCUGCUGCUGCAGAUGGUGAUGGCGGUGGAAGUGUGGUGCGUGAGAUUCCGUUGCUGCCCUUCACGUCGUUGCCGGCGGCGGACACGGCGAUUGGCGCAGAGGACGCCGGUAACGCCGCGCGGCGCCAAAAGAAAAAGACGCGGCGGACUAAGUUGUACGAGCAGCUGCGCACCGGAAAGCUGCAGGUAACGGCGGCCCCUAAAAAAGGCGGCAAGCGCGACGACAACAACGACGACUCCUCUGGUGCAGAGGACGACAAGAGCAGCAGCAGCAGUGGCGAGUUGGGGAGGAGAACUGAGGACGACACGUACGCCACGACGGACAACUUCAAAGGCAUGCGGAAGGCGGAGCGGCAGCUGCAGCACGACAGGCGUGACCACAAGGAGCUGCAGAUUGUCUCUGAUAUGAUCUCCACGCUACUGCAGAAGUGUCGCGCGGUAUGUGCUGAGCAUCGUAAUGGGAACGGCCAAAAUAAAGCCAGCAGUUGGAAGGGCAAUAGCAAGGAUAAGGAUCAUGACGGGGAGGACGUCGUGCACAUUGGCUUUGUGGGUCACCCGAACGUGGGCAAGUCAAGCCUGCUGAACUGCAUCCGCGGUACAAAGGUGGUGUCCGUCUCCCCCACGCCCGGGCACACGAAACACCUGCAGACGAUCCCGCUCCCGUCGGAGCGUGUUGUGCUCAUCGACUCGCCGGGCCUCGCGUUCCCCGUCUUCGGCCUACCACACGCUCUGCAGGCGGUGAUCGGCACGCAUCAGAUCGCCCAGACGCGUGACCCGCAGAGCGGCGUUGCCUUUCUCGCGUCGCACCUGCAGCUGGAGCGGCUCUAUGGCUUGCGCAAGGAGGACGCCGCCGACGACGCGGCGGAGUGGUCGCCGUACGAGUUCUGCGAGAGCUACGCGCGGAAAAGGGGGUACUUUGUGAAGCACGGCAAAGGCGCGCUCGAUGUGCACCGCGGUGCGAUUGAGAUGCUGCAGGAGGCGUACGAGGGGCGGCUCGUGCUGUUCCUCGCCCCGCCCGACCCCGCGUGGCUGCGUAGCGCCGCCUUCCGCGCAGAGCUGCGGCCGUUCCUGCUGCUGGAGGUGCGGCUGCCGCCGGCAGGGGACGACGCACCGACGGAGGCACAAGCCUGUGCGGGGUGCUCGUGA